GGCUUCCGGGAAUACGGAAGGCGAAAUACAGAAAGCCGCGGUUGAUGGGAGGUGAAGAAGACAACGAAGAUGACGAAGUGAGCGGUGAACCCCCAACGUUUCCUUCCCCCGCGCAUGGCGUAAUCAAAGAAAUCCAGAGAUUGCGUGUGAAAGAGAGAGAGACACGUAGAGAGAGGGAGUUGAAGACGCAGGGUUUGAACAGAGGCCUUGUAGGGAGAAAAUGGGGAAAGGGCCUUUCUCGUUUUGCCGGAAGAGCAGCCGUCGGCGACUCAAGAAGGCGGCGGAGAUGACGUCGCAGCCGCCACCCGCGAUGAUCGAAAUUGCAGCUUCGUCGCCUAAUCAUGCCGUUUGCAAUUCGGUUUCUGCUGGUCCUACCGCAGGAACGUCGAGCAAGGUGAAAAAGAAGACGGCUGGAUCGCGGCUAUGGAUGCGCUUCGACAGGUUUGGGCAGUCCGAGCUGCUUGAAUGCGAUAAGAGUGUGAUCAUCAAACGCGCAGCAAUUCCCGGGAGGGAUUUGAGGAUUCUCGGCCCUCUGUUUUCUCACUCCUCGACCAUUCUUGCUAGGGAAAAAGCAAUGGUUGUCAAUCUAGAGUUUAUAAAGGCUAUAGUCACAGCUGAAGAAGUGUUAUUGCUGGAUCCUCUCCGCCACGAGGUUCUUCCAUUUGUGGAUCAACUGAGGCGACAACUUCCUCAGAAAAGCCCAUUUAAGAUUUGCAGAGCAGGAUCAAUGGAUGUGCAGGAUAGUGAAAUGCAAUUUCCAAACGGUGGACAAUGGUUACCUGUUCCUGAUGCUGUUGAAGGCUUUCAGAGUGAGCUCCCGUUUGAAUUUCAUGUUCUGGAGAUUGCAUUAGAAGUUGUCUGUACAUAUUUGGAGUCCAGUGUGGCAGACCUUGAGAGAGAUGCUUAUCCUGUGUUGGAUGAACUGGCCAAAAAUGUUAGCACCAAGAAUCUUGAACAUGUACGAAGUUUGAAAAGCAAUCUUACGCGUCUGCUUGCACGUGUGCAGAAGGUGAGGGAUGAAAUUGAGCAUCUUUUAGAUGACAAUGAAGAUAUGGCACAUUUGUAUUUAACUAGGAAGUGGAUGCUGAAUCAGCAGUCCGAGGCUUUGUUGGCAGCCGCCCCUUCAAAUAGCCACAUCACUGCUGCACCCAAUCUUCGCCGACUUAGUUCUAACAGGAGUGCAAGUCUGGUAACUAGCAACUGUUUGGGUGAUCAGGAUGUGGAGGAUUUGGAAAUGUUGCUUGAGGCAUAUUUCAUGCAACUAGAUGGGACUCGUAACAAGAUACUGUCAGUGAGUUCGGGAAUACAUUGAUGACACUGAAGACUAUGUUAACAUCCAACUCGACAACCAGCGAAAUGAGCUCAUUCAGCUUCAGUUGACCUUGACCAUUGCAUCUUUUGCUAUUGCUGUUGAGACCCUGAUAGCUGGGCUGUUUGGUAUGAACAUCCGUUGUACAUUGUACAAUAAGCAAGGGAUCUUCAACAUUGUUGUUGGAGGUACUUCAGCUGGUUGCGUAUUGCUAUUCCUGCUUGUUCUAGGAUAUGCGAGAUGGAAGAAGCUGCUUGGUUCAUGAUCAUUCACUCGUUCUGUGUCUUACUUCUGCACCUGGGGCUGGUAAUUUGCUACAUGUGAAAGUUGAGGGCCGGUGUCUUGUUGCUUGACAUCAUCUUGUUCGAGUACAUUGACACCGUACAGUGCAUGCCAGGUGGUGGAAUGUGUGUGUUGCUGUUGUUUGACCUUUCGAUUGUUUUUUAACUACUGAUGUGCGUGCUGGCUAUCAUGAGGAAUGCAAGGUUUAAGGAUACUGGAUGAAACAUGGCCUUUGUUUUGUGGGCCAAUUAUGUUGAUAAAUUGUGGUUUAUGGACGGAGAGUAUACAAAUGAUUGCGGUUGUGAUUGUGAGCUGGGCUUUGUGGCUUUAACAGAACUGGAUUGGUCAUGGUUAGACAAGGGGGAAAAAGGCAGAUCUGGAUCUGGAUUGCCAUCGACAUAUAUAAUACAAUUCUAGAACGCAUGUACUGCCGUGCGGACGAAAUUUCCAAUAGAUUCUUUAACUCAGCAAAAUGUAACGUAUUACAGUAAAAAGACAAAAUAUGAAACAAACACGUACUAAAAUAAUAUUCAUGUAAUGUAUAUGGUCAGUUACGAGUCUUCAUCAAUAAAGCAAAUCUACAAACAUUAAAGUA